CCAUGAUCAGCCUGCAGGAGUUGUGUGCUGGGCUUCCUCUCAGUCCUCUGCCCCAGAACAAAGGAAGAAAUAAUGGGGUACCACACGCUCCGAACCGAACUCCCCAAUUGUCUGCAGAGGAGCAGAGGCUUGCUUUGGAAAACUCUCUGCGUUAUUUCCCCCCUGAGUUGCACAAGACAUUGGCUCCUGAGUUUGCAGAUGAGCUGAGACAUUAUGGACAUAUCUACAUGUACAGGUUCUACCCCAACCUGCAGAUGAAGGCAUACCCCAUUACUCAGUAUCCCUGCAAAACACAGCAAGCUGCUGCCAUCAUGCAUAUGAUCAUGAACAAUCUGGACCCAGCUGUAGCUCAGUUUCCCCAAGAACUGGUGACCUACGGAGGAAAUGGACAAGUGUUCAGUAACUGGGCUCAGUUCUGGCUGGUGAUGAACUAUCUGUCUGAGAUGACAGAAGAACAAACCCUAGUGAUGUACAGUGGACACCCGCUUGGUCUCUUCCCAAGUCAUUCUGGUGCCCCUCGAGUUGUAAUCACCAAUGGCAUGGUUAUUCCCAACUAUUCAUCGAGGAAAGAUUAUGAGAAGAUGUUUGCCCUUGGAGUCACAAUGUAUGGACAGAUGACCGCAGGGAGCUACUGUUAUAUUGGACCCCAGGGCAUAGUGCAUGGCACAGUGUUGACAGUGCUGAAUGCCGGACGGCGAUACCUGGGGUUGGACGACCUCUCUGGAAAGGUGUUUGUGACAUCAGGUCUUGGAGGCAUGAGUGGAGCACAAGCAAAAGCAGCUGCAAUAGUUGGCUGUGUGGGGGUCAUUGCUGAAGUGGAUGAAAAUGCACUAAUGAAAAGACAUAAGCAAGGGUGGCUGAUGGAAGUAACAAAUUCCCUAGAUGGCUGCAUCCAAAGAAUCCGAAAAGCAAAAAAGCAGAAAGAGACGCUAAGCCUGGGAUAUCAUGGGAAUAUUGUGGACCUUUGGGAAAAGCUGGCGGAAGAGUAUGAAAAAACAGGAGAACUUCUGGUGGACCUGGGAUCGGACCAAACGUCCUGUCACAACCCUUUCAGUGGAGGGUAUUAUCCUGUGCAACUCAAACUUGCGGAGGCCAAUGAACUGCUGUGCAGGGAACCCCAGAUUUUCCAUCAACUGGUGCAUGAGAGUCUAAGGCGGCAGGUGGCGGCCAUCAAUAAACUGGCUGACAAUGGAAUGUUUUUCUGGGAUUAUGGAAAUGCUUUCCUUCUAGAGGCACAGAGAGCUGGUGCUGAUGUGCAGAAACAUGGAGGGCGUGACACAGAGUUCCGAUACCCUUCAUAUGUCCAGCACAUUAUGGGGGACAUCUUUUCUCUGGGAUUCGGACCGUUUAGGUGGGUGUGCACCUCUGCAGAUCCCUCUGACUUGGCUGCCACUGACCAGAUUGCAACCUGUGCUCUGGAGGAUAUUAUCGCUCAGGGAGUUAGUGACCCUGUGAAGAAACAGUACAACGAUAACAUUCGAUGGAUUCAAGAAGCUGGAAAACAUGAUCUGGUUGUUGGGUCCCAGGCUCGAAUUCUGUAUUCAGACCAGAAGGGAAGAGUGUCCAUCGCUGUGGCUAUUAACAGGGCUGUGGCUGCAGGACGGGUCAAGGGUGCUGUGGUGAUCAGUCGGGACCAUCAUGAUGUCAGUGGCACAGACAGUCCCUACAGAGAAACUUCCAAUAUCUACGAUGGUUCUGCCUUUUGUGCAGAUAUGGCCGUGCAGAACUUUGUUGGAGACUCGUUCCGAGGAGCAACUUGGGUGGCUCUGCAUAAUGGAGGAGGUGUUGGCUGGGGUGAGGUUAUUAAUGGAGGAUUUGGCCUGGUUCUGGAUGGUUCCCAGGAGGCUGAAGAGAGAGCUACAAGGAUGCUGAGCUGGGAUGUUUCCAAUGGGGUGGCGAGACGCUGCUGGUCGGGUAACCAAAAUGCCUAUGAUACGAUCGUCCGCACCAUGGAGGAGAACCAGAAUCUCAGAGUGACUUUGCCCCAUGCAGUGAAGGACAAAAGUGUUCUAGCCUUGGCACUGUCCCUUAAUUAACCACUCCAAUUUCAUCCAUCAGUGAUGUCUUAUCCUAUCGAAAUCACAUUAUUAAGCAUUCUCUCACACUCAUUAUAGAAUCUAGCACAUCAUUCACCAUUGUAUAUUGUUUUGAAUCAGAAGGGCAGCAUUACCUUUAAUUUCUCAAUCUAACUCCCCCCCCCCCAAUAGACCCACUCCAGUUAAGCUAUAGCUAAAAUGCCUGUGUACUUUUUGCUAUGCUGAACUGCAAUGAUUAAACCUUAGAACCUGGACAAAUAUCA